CACUUCAAGAUUGAUAGCUGUGUUCUGACGGAUGACAGAAACCUGUACAACAAAGCAAAGGGAGUCAUUUUCUUCCAUAAAAACAUUGCCGGUGAUCUAAAAAACAUGCCGCAGGAGCCACGUCCAGCUUUUCAGAAGUGGAUUUGGUACCAUGUAGAAUCCCCAACAAACACGGGUAGGACACCAGGUCUGGAAAACCUGUUCAACUUAACUGUGAGAGAAAACUAUUACAAGGAACUGUCCAAACACAUCAAGAUCAACCUGUUUGGUACAGCUUAUACAGGGAAACGUUUGAGUUAUGAGGAGUAUUACUCAACCAUUGGCAGCUGUAAGUUUUACCUCUCAUUUGAGAACUCGCUCCACAGAGACUACAUCACAGAGAAGGUCAACGGGCCCCUUGUGGCGGGGACAGUGCCUGUAGUGAUGGGUCCGCCAAGAGAAAACUACGAGGAGUUCCUUCCAGCCGAUGCCUUCAUUCACAUAAAUGACUUCCCCGACGCAAAGUCUCUGGCUAACUUUCUGCUGGGUAUGACGGACGCAGCGUACAUGCGUUACUUUGAGUGGAGGAAGUUCUACGAGGCCACUCCU